AAGGGAGCGGUUCGUUCGUGCCUCUGUAUUCGGAGUGCGUUUGAAGCAUCUUUAUCGCGCACCAGUCUACGUGCGUACAUUUUCAUUCUACCUGGACAGGGUUGUUAUUGAGUUAACAAACAUUCUGGAAACAUGAGUAUUGAGUGGAACCGUAGACAAAUUCAGCAAGUCGUAGAACUGUACAGAGAAAAGCGGGAAUUGUGGGAUCAUGCAGAUGAUAAUUAUCAUACAAAAAACAAGAAAAAUGAUGCUUGGCUGUGGAUCGCAAAUGGUAUGGGCUGCAAAGUCGAUGAAGUGAAGAAGAAAAUGGCCUCCUUAUUGUCUUCGUACAGAAGAGAAAGAAUGAAAAUGAAAAAGUCUAUGUACUCUGGAAAAGGACGGGCUAGUACUUGGUUUGCUUUCAAGUACUUCACAUUCCUGAAAGAAAAAUACGCACCUACACGUAUCAUGAAGACAGAAAUCAUUUCUGAUGAUGAAGAAAACCUCCAAGAGUCUUCACAAAAUGUUUUUGGAGAAGCAUCAAAUAUAGAUCACACAUCUCGUGAGGAAUUUGCCACAUGUGCUGCUACUAAUGAAGAAGGAAGGUCGCGCAAACGAAAAGUUUCCCAGUCUGCUAAACAACAGAAUAUGAAAAGCAAGAAAAAAGAAGAACCAAGGCCCAUGCAAGCGUACAGUACUUUGGAUAGUGUGGGAAAUAUUCAUCACGAUGAAUGCUCUACUUUUGGCGAACAUAUUACAACAAAGCUUCGAAAAUUUGACGAGAGACGAAGAACAAUUUUAAUGCAUAAGAUAAAUAAUUUGAUCUUCGAGGAAGAGAUGUGCCUGUACUCACAGCAACAUACAUCAGAUGCUGCAUCUUUUUCUCUCACUGUCUCUCCUCAUUGUAGUUCUGAACCACAGUUCUAACAGAUUUCAUGCCAUUCAUAGUUAAUUGUUCAACCUCUUCACCCUAUUCAUCCUCAAGCUCAUUCAUCUACUGUUUUUCAUAGUCAGCAAUGUCAUGCCAAAUUACAUCAUUUUUAACUCGCCAAACAAUCACAACCAAAUCUAUUCAUUCACUUCAACAAUUGCAAUCACUAGAUACAACUGAAUCCAUAACUAUAACGUGCUGUUUAAAUAGUUGUGUACCUUAAGUGUGUUUUGUCUGCACUAAUGUGUUAAAACUGUCCAUUGAUUGUUGAAUAUUUCAGUAACUACCCAGUAUUUUUAGUAAAGGUGACAAAUGUAAGUUUUUUGUGUUAGUAUGAGUGUAAUCUGAGGUAUUCUUAUUAUGAAAAUUUGUGUAACAUGUAACAGAAUCAAACCUACAAAAUACGUUUGUAGAUAUUCGAGAGGAAGUGAAUCGAAUUGGUAAUGCAAACAAAUUCAUGGCCUAUCUUCCAGCUGUCUUCUUCUUCUGUUUUCUAUUAUCUUCUAUCGAUACGUACAUAAACUGUCUUGUGCCACACUGUUGUCUGUAUGUCAAAGCUAAGCUCAGAAACUACUUUAGGGAUUUUGAUCCAGUUUUGAUUAAUAGACUGUUACACAAUGAAGGUUUGUGUAUAUAAUUUAUAAAUAACUGUUCCACACCGCUGUUAAAACGAUGCUAUUGCCCGCUAACGUUACAGGCACUGCAAUUCCUGAGACCAGGGAAGUCUGACCAAAAUCUCUGUUGGGCCUGGUGAUUUCAUGGUAAAGUAAAAGGUCGUGGCAGCAAAUUGCGGGCUGACCACUGAUGUUUAUCUCAGCUCUUUAACAUUGAAUUCACCUCUCAAUGAUGUGGAGAUUCGUCAGAAAUAAAACGUUUGCAUUCCACAUUAAAAUGGGUGGAUAACUGGGUAGGGACAUACAGGACACCAAAGUGACAUCCACUUGAAAGACUUGCACCAGGCUAUUCAACCAGAUAAAAUGAUUAUUAACACAAGCUAUACAUUUAUUAUACACAGUGUAUAUUCACCUUCAAUACAUCUUAUGAAUUAACAUCCCCUGCUGCCUCUUUCUGCCUGUAUGUGAAGGCUACUCUCAGCAACUACUGCAGUGUGUUGACACUUGCACUAGACUGGAUCUGUCAGCAAGUUCUCAUAAGGCAUGAAUACUACCUGUUCCAUAUUUAAAUGUCAUUUGGACUGACAUCUCAUAGCAAAGAUGGGAGAUAAGCUACUGCCUCUCUGCAGCAUAUGUAAGCCUUCAAUGUCCAGCUCAUGUUGCUGGCACAUUUCAGUAACUUGUAUGAAAGUGAUGAUAUUCAGUUACUUAACGUUGACUUAUUCAGUUUUAAUCAUAACUCUAUGUGCAGCUCUCACAAAUGUAUUGAAACAGAGUGUAAAGGUAAACUGUUAGUCCUCAUUGUCUUCAUAUAAAAAAAUUCCUACAUAAGGAGCUCUAGUUACUUGUUUCAAGUAAUUACUAGUAGUGAAAUCACAUGUGUCCAAAGUAUAAAGUGUAUAACGAAUAGUUUUGCCUUCAGAUAGACUGACAAUAAGUAGGCAUAAAAGACCGUUUUUAGUGCUAUUUAGUGCAAAGUAUAAAUUUUUUAAAAAUCAAAGAGAAACCACAAAAAAAUCGCGAAAUAUCAAGCAAAAAACACUAUUUUGUCAAAAAGUUGAUUUUAGUAAUAAGAAAGCCAAAUAGAAAUGUAUGAAGAAUAAUAUUAAUUUUU